UUAUCCACUUCUCUUUAUUCGUAUUCAAUAGCAACCAAAGUCCCAAACAACUCUCUCUACGCAACAUUUUCUGCAUUUUGCGCAAGGUAUUAGAAGAAUUCGAUAUGUCGAUCGCACGAUCAAUUGUGUGCGGGAUUUCCUGCACUAGUAUAACGCCGUUGCCGAGAUACCGGGCUCUCGUCUUUAAUCCUAUUUUCGAGACACGAGUACGAGGACACGGGAAUAAAUCUUUAUACUCCGCAAACAGGAGUUUGCGGUUUUCGACAUGGCAACAUGAGAGCAAGAUCAAAAGGAAUUUCGCGGUCUACUCGAGUAUACCACCUGAAGUUCCGGUUUCUUCAGGCGGUCUUCCCGGCGGUCUCCCAGGCUCUUGGAAAAAUUGGCUGCUGGGGAUGGUGGUCACAGUUCUUAUACCAUUGUUGACUAACAAGUGGGGAGCUUUGUUGAAAUGGACACGUAAGAAUGAAGAACAAGUAGAAUCGGCAGUACAAACGGUGGAAGACAUCGUGGAAGCGGUGGAAGACGCGGCGGAGAAGGUGGAGAAAUUCGCCGAAGACAUCAUCGAGGACUUGCCAGAAGGCAAAUUCAAGACUGCACUGGGUCGAAUCGAGCAUGUAGCAGAAGAAGUUGCCAAAGACGCCAAGCAAAUUGACAAUGUCAUUGAUAAGUUUCAGGAAGUAGAAGACAAGGUGCAUGCUUAUAUUGAAGAAAAACAGAGCAACAGGACCGCCGAGAAAGACAAAGACAAAGAAGAUUAAUUAAAUUAUAAUAUAUUGAGCUGUAAUUGUAAUUUAUUUAAAUUAAAUUUGUAAUUCAUUGUAUUAAUCUGAUUAAAGUUAUUUAUUUCAUUAUUUACA